UUGAUUAAUAUUGUUCCUACGAUACGUUAUCGUCUGCGGAGUAUUUCGUUAAUCGCGAAUAUUUAAAAUUAAUUUUACGUAGCGAAUUUAUCGUUGAAUUUUUACCUGAUACGACAAUUUGUGUUGGAAUUGUACCGCGUCUCGUCUUGAGAAAUUCCCGCAGAGUAAUGACUUUUGUUCGCCGACGACGAUUGGAAUUCUUAUGCAUGACACAAGAGGGUAGUGAACGAGAAAAAUUCAUGUCUCGGGCGUAUAAGCAGAGGCACCUUAUGAUUACGAGCUUUGAACAGGAGUACUCAGAUUACGGCCUGUGAAGCCCUGCAAGUGCUAUGGCCUUUUUACGUAUUACACGACUUUUCUUCUCAUGCAGUGAAUUUGUUUACAUAGUACAUACUACAUACAUACAACAAGAAUACGCAGUUGUGAUUUGAAAAUUUUGACUUGUAUUAAAAUUGUCGCGUGAUUCAUAGUUCGACCAAGAUGUUCUAAUGGGUUUUGUGUAAAUUAUGUCUACGUGAUUAAGUGUUGGCGCUUCGAUAAACAUGUUUUUCGCCGCAAACGAUAAUAUUAAAAGACAUUACGAAAGAUUAGUCGAGUUCGAGUUGCAGUAUGAGCAGCGAGGAGGCUACUUGGAAGGACCCCCGGACGAGAUGACCCAGCGGGAAGACGUAUUGAAGUUCGAACAGGGCCGUAUCCGAGCUCUGCAGGAGGAACGGUUACAUAUACAGAAGAAAACAUUUACAAAAUGGAUGAACUCCUUCCUGCAGAAGGUCCGGAUGGAAGUGGACGACUUGUUCAUGGACUUGGCCGAUGGAAAAAAGUUACUCAAAUUGUUGGAAAUCAUCUCCGGAGAAAAACUAGGCAAACCAAACAAUGGCAAAAUGAGAGUGCACAAGGUGGAAAACGUCAACAAGAGCUUAGCUUUUUUACGUACCAAGGUGCGCUUAGAAAGUAUCGGUGCCGAAGACAUAGUCGAUGGUAAUCCACGUCUGAUUUUGGGUUUAAUUUGGACUAUAAUUUUAAGAUUUCAAAUUCAAGAAAUCGAAAUCGACGUUGACGAAGAAAAUGAGAGUAGCGAAAAAAAAUCGGCAAAAGAUGCUCUAUUGUUGUGGUGCCAACGUAAAACCGCCGGUUAUUCUGGCGUUAGCAUACAAGACUUCACGGGUUCGUGGAGAAGUGGACUUGGUUUUAAUGCUCUCAUUCAUGCCCAUAGACCGGAACUUAUUAACUUCAAUCUACUAAAUCCGACUAAACACAUUGAUAAUUUAAAUAAUGCAUUUGACGUUGCCCACAACGAAUUAGGAAUACCCAGACUGCUCGAUGCCGAAGAUGUGGAUACGAACAGACCAGAUGAGAAAUCGAUUAUGACCUACGUGGCUUCUUAUUACCAUACGUUUGCUAGGAUGAAAAAUGAACAGAAAAGCGGAAGAAGAAUAGCCAAUAUUGUCGGUCAAAUGAUGGAUGCUGAUAAGAAAAAAAUAAUUUACGAAAAACUCACUUCGGAUUUACUCAAUUGGAUCAAACGUAAAAUCAAAGAACUCGAAGACAGAAAUUUCCCCAACUCAUUGGAAGGUAUUCAGAAGGAAUUGCUACGUUUUAAACAAUAUCGAACUGUCGAAAAACCACCGAAAUAUAAAGAACGAAGCGAAAUCGAAGCUUUAUACUUUCACAUAAAUACUCAGCUAAAAUCGUUAAACCAGCCAGCAUUUACGCCUCAAGACGGACAACUCAUUCAUGAUCUCGAACGAAGUUGGGAAGAGUUGGAAAGAGCCGAACAUACCAGAGAAGUUGCCUUAAGGCAAGAGCUACUCAGGCAGGAGCGCUUAGAACAAUUGAAUUAUAAAUUCGAAAAGAAGAGCGUUUUACGAGAAGGUUACCUUAAAGAAAUGAUACAUAUAUUGACAGAUCCUAUAUAUGGUAGUAAUCUGUCCCAAGUAGAUGCUACGGUUAAAAAACACGAAGCUAUUAGCGUCGAUAUUAUGGCCAGAGAAGAAAGAUUCAACGAUUUGAAUAACAUGAGCGAAGAACUAGUCCGCGAACGAUAUCACGGCGCUGAAAGGGUGAAAAAACGAGUAUCCGAAGUUACCCAAAAAUGGCAAGAUCUUUUGAAGUUGCUGGAGAAACAUAGAGCCAAUUUGAACAUGCUGUGUACGUUGAUGUCGAUGUUACGUGAAAUUGAUACCGUUCUUUCUACCAUUACCGAGCUUGAAGGUGCUUUCAAAUCCGAGGAUGUCGGGCCUCAUUUGUUAGCCGUUGAAGAUUUAUUGCAAAAGCAUAGCUUGAUGGAAAUGCAAACCACGGCGUUGGGUGAAAACGUACGUAAAUUGGCCAGACAAGCUCAGCAGUACAUUUCUGCUGGCCACAAAGAAGCACCCUUGUUGCAGAAUAAAGUCGAACAAUUGCAUAACGCUUAUAAUAGAUUAUUAGAUAGUAGUAAGGAUCGUCGAGUACGUUUAGAAGAUGCGAGAAAUUUCUCUCAAUUUAUUCAAGAUCACGAAGAUGAAGAAGCUUGGUUGGUUGAAAAACAAUUCAUCUGUAAAGCUGGAAUUUUUGCCAAAGAUUUACGAGCAGUAUUAAGCCUUCAGCAGAAGCAUAAGACUUUAAUCGAUGAAAUGAAAGCUCGAGAAGCCAAAUCUGAAUUAUUACGCUCUGGAGGCGAACAAUUGAUAACUGCAAAACACCCUUCAUCCGACGAUAUUCAAUCUCGGAUUAAAAGUUUACAACAACACUGGAAAGUACUCCGCGAGCUAGCUGACAACAGACGUAAACAGCUCGAAGAAGCAAUGGAAGCUUAUCAGUUUUAUGCGGAUGCCAAUGAAGCUGAAUCUUGGCUCAAUGAACGUUUAACGUUAGUCAACUCGAAAGAUUACGGCGAAGACGAACCCACCGCUCAAUCUCUUCUGCAAAGACACCGUGAUCUUUUCGGCGAACUCAAAGCUUACCAAGGAGAUGUUCAAUCAUUGAACUCUCAAGCCGAACGACUGAUGACUCUCGGCAUAUCUAGUCUUCAACUAACCGGUGAAUCAGCAGUACCUGAAAACUUGGAACCUGUCGAAGAAUGGGUGAACGAAACGCAACUAGUACCGCAACAAGUCUGGGAAGAAGAACCGGUCGAACGGAUCGAAUAUAGGACUGUAAUGGAAGAAAGACAAGUACCACAAGUCAAAAGUUUAUAUCCAUUUAGCGGCCAAGGAAUGCUCAUGGUUAAAGGAGAAGUGAUGUUUCUCUUGAACAAAACUAAUCAAGACUGGUGGAGCGUACGAAAGGCCAAUGGUCAAGAUGGAUUUGUUCCCGCCAAUUACGUGCGCGAAAUUGAACCCAAAGUUAUGCAAGUAGCUGUCCGCAAACCUGAGCAUAUUACUACCACGAAACGUGUACUUAAAACUAAACUUGUCAAACAAGUUGUGCCCGUUAAGAAAACUAUCACUAGGAAAUCGAACAAUAAAAAAAAGCCCGUUGUCGAUGACAGCUUGAACGUUGACAAGAGAAUUAAAAAAAUCAAUGCUACUUAUACUCAGUUGUUGGAUUUAGCCCAAAAAAGACAUACUCUACUAGAAGACUCGAUUCGUUUAUUCGGAUUUUAUCGCGAAUGCGAAGAUUUCGAAAAAUGGAUUAAAGAUAAAGAAAAAUUAUUACGAUCAGAGGAUAAAAAUGAUUCGGUUGAAACAGCCAAACGAAAAUACGAAAAAUUUCUUACAGAUUUAUCGGCUAGUAACAAACGUAUCGAAGCGCUGGACGCAGCCGUUGAUGAUUUUUCAAAAAGAGGUCACAGUCAGUUAGAAAAAGUGAAAGCUAGACAGAAACAAAUUCAUCAAAUGUGGGAUCAUCUGAACUGGAUGAAGGCUCAAAAAGAACGUAAUUUAGAAGGCGCCUCGAGCGUCGAAUUCUUCCACCGAACUUGCGACGAAGCUAAAGACUGGAUGAUCGAAAAAAUGAACCAGCUCGACAUCGCCGAAUUAGGAGCAGACCUGAAAACCGUGCAAGCUCUACAGCGUCGACAUCAAAACCUAGAACGAGAACUAGCUCCCGUCGAGGAAAAAGUCAAUCGAGUUAAUUUGCUAGCCAAUUCCGUCAAAUCCUCGUACCCGAAUGAAAAAGGCAACGUGAACGCCAGACUGAAGGAAAUACAGGACUUGUGGGAUAAGGUGAAAACCAAAGCGGUCGAACGUCGGUCCCGUUUAGAAAACGCUGUGGGCCAUCAGAUAUUUAUGAACAGUUCGAAAAACUUAUUGAAUUGGGUAUCGAUCGUGAAAGACGCUCUGAACGCUGACGAAACCGCCAGAGACGUAGUGACGGCGGAAUCGUUGCUGAAAAAACAUCAAGAAUUGUACGACGAUAUUAACGCUCAUCAAGAUGAAUUCACCGAAGUGGAAAAAUUGGGAGCUCAGUUAAUACAAAGAAAUCCUGCCUUGAAAGAUGUCAAAGAAAGGAUCGCUUGGUUAAAUGCUGAACAACAGGCCGUGAUGAGAGGAUGGAAUGAAAAAGGAGAUUGGUUGAAGCAAUGCUUGGAUUUACAAAUACUUAAUAAGGAAGCUGACCAUAUUGAUGCGACUACCUCGAGUCACGAGGCGUUCUUAGAGUUCACUGAUUUAGGUGGAUCUAUCGAUGAUGUCGAAACAUUACUUAAGAGACACGAAGAUUUUGAGAACACUCUGUACGCUCAAGACGAGAGAUUGAAAUUAUUCAGCGAGAUGGCUGAUAAAUUGAUUUCCGCCGGACAUUACGAUAGUAAAGGUAUCGAUGAAAGAAGACUGAACGUUUUAAAUCGACGAAAAGCAGUCAAAGAAUCAGCAGCGAAAAGACGAGUAGCCUUGAUUGCUUCUCGUAAUUUCCAAUGCUUCAGAGCUGACGUAGACGACUUGAAUUGCUGGCUCGCUGACAAACUGAAAACUGCCGGAGACGAAUCGUACAGAGAUUUAAGCAACAUCGAAAGAAAACUUCAAAAACACGAGGCUUUUGAAAGAGAACUUCGAGCUAAUGAAGGGCAACUUCGAUCAAUUAAUAAAGCUGGUCAAACCUUGGUAUCGGAAGGAAAUUACAGAAAAGCCGAAGUAAAAGAAAUAUUGAACGAUUUGAACAAAACUUGGAGCAAAUUGGUGGACUUGUGCACGGAAAAAGGUCGCAGAUUGAGACAAGCUUCUGCUCAGCAUACUUAUAAUCGCACUCUGGAAGAUGCUAAAUUGAAAUUGGACGAAUUUGAGAAAAAUUUACAAUCGACUCAAGUCGGAACCGACCUAAGACAUUGUAAACAGCUACUCAAGAAACAUCAAGUCACCGAAGCUGAAAUAAAACAAUGGCAGCAAAAAGUCGACGAUCUGGUCACAGUCGGUCAAGAAAUGGCUCAAGAAGGUCAUUUUGACGCUAAUAACAUCUUGAAAGCCAGUGAAGAAUGCCAAGACAAAUUCACCACUCUGAAAGAACCGUUGAAAUUACGUCAAGAAGCUCUUCAAGAAGCUUUACGUUUCCAUAAAUUCGGUUUCGAAUUAGAAACGGAGCUCGGUUGGAUUAGGGAACAUUUACCAUUAGCUUCUUCCGAGGUUCUCGGUAACAAUUUGUACCAAGCACAGUCAUUGCAUAAGAAGCAUAAAAAAUUGGAAGCAGAGAUUCGUGGUCAUCAACAAAUGAUUGAUAAAACACUCGCUUCUGGAGAAGCUUUAAUUCAUCAAAAACAUCCGGAAACCAAACAAGUCACAUCGCUGUGUACUGGGUUACAAGAUGCUUGGCAAGACUUGAAAAUGAAAGCAGCAGAACGUAGUCGUAAAUUGGAUUUAUCUCUGAAAGCUCAACAGUUUUUCUUCGAAGCUAAUGAAGUCGAAAGUUGGCUUACGGAGAAAAACGAUAUUUUGAAGUCGACCGAUUAUGGUCGUGAUCGCGAUGCCGCUUCCAAGCUACUAACCAAGCACAAGGCUUUGGAACUUGAACUGGAUACAUAUUCUGGAAUUAUCAACGAAAUGGGCCAUGUAGCGGGCGCCAUGAUAAACUCGAAGCAUCCAGAUUGGAAAGCGAUCGCUAGUAAACAACAAGCGAUUACUCAACAAUUGAAAAAUUUACAGAAAUUGGCGGGCACCCGGCAACAAAAUUUGAUGGAUAGUAUUUGCAGGCACGAAUACAUGAGCGAAAGUGAUGAACUAGAGCAAUGGAUUAAAGAAAAUAUGCAAGUUGCCGCUUCCGAAGAUUAUGGACAGGAUUACGAACAUCUUCAGCUGUUACAAAAUAAAUUUGACGAUUUGAAACAUCGUGUCGAAGCCGGUGCAGAUAGAUUUAACCAGUGCGAAGAACUGGCCAAGAAAUUAAUCGCCAGUGAAUCGCCGCAUACUGCAAUUAUAGAAAAAAGACAGGAACAACUGAGAGAGUCGUGGAAACAGUUAUUGCAUAUGCUCGAAAGUCGCGAACAGAGGUUGAACGCCGCCGGAGAAAUCCACAGAUUCCAUCGAGAUGUCGCCGAUGCCCUAUCUAGAACUCACGAUAAAGAUGCCGCUAUCUCAGACGACUUGGGUCGAGAUCUGAAUUCCGUUUUGACUCUAAUCCGUAAACACGAAGGGUUCGAGAACGAUUUGGUCGCUUUGGAAGCUCAGCUUCAGAUAUUGGUCGAAGAUGCGGUACGACUUCAAUCAUUAUAUCCUGGCAACAAUGCCAGUCAUAUCGCCAAUCAACAGAAUAUCGUGGUGAGCAGUUGGACAGCUUUACAAGAACGAUCAGCUCAUAGAAGAGAAGCAUUACAAGCUAGUUGUGAUUUACAUAGAUUUUUAGCUCAAGUACGAGAUUUGACCAACUGGGCUAGUGGUCUGAGAGCUGCCAUGAUGACUGAAGAGAAAGUUCGUGACGCUGCCAGUGCUCAAAUACUCAAAGCUGAACACGAAGCAACCAAGGCUGAAAUCGAAGCACGUGAGAAUAGUUUCAAAUCAGUAAUCGAGCUGGGAGAAGCUUUGAUUCAAGGUGGACAUUAUGCUGCUCCUGAAAUACAAGAAAAAUUCAAUCAUCUAUUGGAAGAAAGGCAAUCUUUGCAUACCGCCUGGCAGCAUAAGAAAGUCCAUUUAGAUCAAUUAAUCGAUUUACACUUUUUCCUUCGAGAUGCCAAACAAAUCGAUACCCUUUGCGGAGCACAAGAAGCUGCCUUAUCGUCCAGUGAAUUUGGUACUUCGGUCGAUGAAGUAUCAGUGUUGGUGAAAAAGCAUAACGAUUUCGAAAAACUAAUGGCAACUCAGGAAGAAAAAGUGGUUCAGUUACAAGAACACGGAGAUAAGUUACUGGCGCAAAAUCACUUCGAAAGUCCUCUCAUUGCGAAGCGAAUGUCGGAAGUGAUCGCUCGUCGGGAACAUGUCAAAGAAUUGUGCCAUCUUAGGAAAAUAAGACUGGAAGAUUCUCUAUUGCACGCUCAAUUCACUAGAGAUGUUGCUGAGGCUGUGUCAUGGAUAGACGAAAAAAGCAAAAAAUUAGAAAAAGAAGUUGGUAAAACCGAAGUUACCAGUUUAGAAGAUAAAAUUAAAAAAUUACAAAAACACCAAGCCUUCCAAGCUGAAUUAGUCGCUCAUGAAGGAAAAAUCAAAAGUAUUCAACAAAACGGUGAAGUAUUAUUGGCUAAAAAGCACAAAGCUUCUCGAGAAAUAAAAUCCCAACUGGAUCAUCUAUUAACCUUAUGGAGAAACCUAUUGCAAGAAUCUAAUAAUAGAGGACGUGGAUUAGAAGAGGCUCAAGAUAUAUUAGAAUUCAAUAAUCAAGUCGAUAAAAUUGAAUCUUGGAUGAGAGAUAAGGAGGUAAUGGUCCAAGCUGGAGAUAUGGGCCGUGAUUACGAGCACUGUCUGGCUCUUCAGAAAAAAUUAGACGACGUAGAUCGUGUCGAUGACUCGAGAAUCAAAGCAAUAAACGCAUUAGCUGAUAAAUUAAUUAGGCAAGGAAGAAGUGACUCUCGCAGUAUCCAUCAACGUAGAGAAAAUUUCAAUACAAAAUGGCGAGCUUUACAAGGAGCUUUGAGCGAAUAUAAGGAACACUUGGCCGGAGCACUGGAAAUACACGCGUUUAAUCGUGAUAUCGACGAUACAGCUCAACGAGUUGGCGAAAAAGCUAAUGUCAUGUCUUCCGAAGAUACUGGACGAGAUUUGGCUGCAGUUGAAUCUUUGCAGAGGAAACAAGAAGCUCUCGAAAGAGAUAUGACUGCAAUUGAAGGAAAAUUAAAGGAACAUGAUUUGGAGUGUCGAAAAUUAGUCCAGAAGUAUCCAGAUAUGUCGUCUCCUAUCAGAGCUAAAUUAUCAGAAUUACAAGACGCUUGGAGAAAUCUGCUGACAUUAUCACGUAGUCGAAAAGAUGCUUUAAAUAUGGCUCAUACUAAUCAUAAAUUUAUCGCCGAUUUGAAAGAAUUGGAAAUUUGGGUCGCUGAUACCAUUAAGAAAAUGGAUUCUUCCGAACUACCUACCAAUAUUCCCGAAGCUAAGGCUGCUUUGGAGUUGCAUCAUGAACGUAAAGCUGAAAUUGACGGUCGCCAAGAAUCCUUCAAAAUCUUGAAAGAAGCUGGUCUCAAGUUGACUCCGGUCCGAAAAGACGAACUCAAUCAUUUAGAAGAACUGCGACGAACCUUAAAUUCAGCUUGGGAAGAACGUAAAACAAAACUAAACCAGGCUUUGCAAUGGCAGCUAUUCAAAGAGCAGGCCGAACAAGCGGAAAGUUGGCUCGCUAGUAAAGAGGCUUUCUUAAAUAAUGACGAUCUUGGUGAAUCUUUAUCCGGCGUCGAAAUUCUGCUCAGAAAACACGAAACUUUCGAAAAAACCGUCACCGCUCAACUAAGCAGAAUCGACGACUUGGAAAAAUUUGCCAUGGAAAUAUUAGCCGAUCACCACUACAACAGCUCCGGUAUUCAGAAUAAACUACAGAGUGUCUGCAGCCGACGAGAUAAACUCAAGGAAAGCAGCGCUGCUCGUCGUAAACGCCUCAACGAUUCCAAACAAUUGCAGCUUUUCCUUCGAAACAUGUACGAAGUCGAGGGCUGGCUCUUACAAAAACAACAAAUCGCUUGCGAUGAGAGCUAUCGCGAUCCUACCAAUUUACAAAGUAAAAUUCAAAAGCACGCGGCUUUCGAGUCUGAACUGAUCGCCAAUCGUAACAGAUUAAAUGCAGUUACCGCCGAAGGUGAAAGUUUAAUCAGCGCUGGUCAUUUUGCCGGACCGGAAAUUCGCGCUAGGUUGGAUAAAUUGGAAACCGAAUGGAGAAAAUUGCAAGAAGCCAGUGCUUUGAAAAGAGAAAGGCUCAAUGAUGCUUAUCAAGCGAUGGUAUUUAGUCGGACAUUGGAGGAUCUUGAAGCGUGGAUUGAAGAAGUCGAAGCUCAACUGCAGUCUGAAGAUCAUGGCAAAGAUUUAGCCAGCGUUGCUAAUUUAUUGAAAAGGCAUUCGUUAUUGGAAAAUGACGUGCAUAGUCAUGGCGAAGCUUGCCAGCAACUGAAAGAUACAGCUACAACGUUCCAAACCUCCAACCAUUUUAUGAAAGAUGAAAUCCAAGAACGAGCGAAUUCUGUCAUUCAGAGGUAUCAUUCUCUCCAAGAACCAAUGCAAAUCCGCAGGGAUAAUUUAGAGGACGCUCUUCUCUUAUAUCAAUUCUCUCGUGACAUCGAGGAUGAAUUACAAUGGCUGUUUGAAAAGGAGCCAUUUGCUGCAUCUUCAGAUUACGGAACCAGUUUGAAUACAGUUCAAAAAUUGCAGAAAAAGCAACAAGCUUUGGAGGCAGAAUUACUUUCACAUGAACCGGUCAUAAACGCAUUAUCUAGUCGAGCUCAGCAAAUGAUUCGAAGUGGUCAUUUCGCUUCUCAAAGAAUUGACGCAUUGUUGAGUGAUGUAAUGGAAAAAUUUGCCCAUAUUAAAGAAUUAACCAAUACAAGAAAACUCAAAUUACUCGAUGCUUUGGAAUCACAAAUGUUCUUUGACGAAGCAAACGAAGCCAGAGUAUGGUUAAAGGAAAAAAGACCAAUCGUCACGUCGUUGGAUUAUGGAAAAGAUGAAGAUUCUGUGCAAUCUUUGAUUAAAAAAUUGGAAGCCGUUGAAAGGGAAUUGAGUGCUUUUCAGCAUACAGUCGGGCGUUUGUCUAGUUUGAGUCAAUCGUUAAUUGAUAGGUCUCAUUUUGACAGUAAAAAUAUAACUAAAAUGCAGUCUGAGAUUGAAAAAGAAUUGAACGAGUUACAAGGGCUGUGUAAAUUACGAGAAGCCAGAUUACUAGAGAGCAGGAAGUUGUACAGAUUUUUGAGAGAAGCUGAAGAAGUUGCUGAAUGGAUUAAUGAUCAAACUGCAGUGGCUGCUUCUGAAGAUUAUGGACGAGAUGUCGAACAUGUCGAACUUCUGAUACAAGCAUUUGAUAAUUUCUUGGCUGGCCUCAGCGGAAGCGAAGGUCGAGUACUCAGUUGUCUGGAAACGGGCAAAGUCCUGGUAACAGAAGGUAACCGUGAAAAAGAAAAAAUCACAAUGAAACUGGAAGAAAUCCAACAAUUGUGGGAUGAUUUGAAAGAACUCUCACAUGCUCGUCAGGAAGCUUUAGCCGGAGCCAAACAAGUACACGUGUUCGAUAGAACAGCAGACGAAACCAUCAGCUGGAUUCAAGAAAAAGAUGCAUUGUUAAUGGCCGAAGACUAUGACAAUAAUUUGGAAACCAUUCAAGGCUUGGUCAGAAAACACGAAGGUUUCCAAGCGGAUUUGGCUGCUGUUAAAGAACAAGUCGAAGCUGUGGUAGAAGAAGCCGGCCGUUUAUCUGGUUUGUUCCCAGAUGCUAGAGAUCAUAUCGAAGUUAAACACGAAGAAACUCUGGAAGCUUGGACGCAGCUUCUCGAACGAUCAGAACAACGAAAAGAUAAACUUCACCAAACAGAGAAAUUACAAGCAUACUUCGACGAAUACACCGAAUUAAUGGCUUGGAUUAACGAAGUAAUGGCCAAAAUAACCUCAGCUGAGUUAGCUCAGGAUGUAGACGGAGCUGAAAAGUUGUUACAAAGACACGAAGAACACCGAGCUGAAAUCACUAGUCGACAAGAUGCUUUUAAUAGGUUUUACGCGACUGGAAACGACCUUAUUAGGAAAGGUCACUUUUUAGGCAAUGAUAUCCAAGAAAAAAUUAAAACUCUGGAGUUACGUUACCAUUUACUAAACGAGACUUGGAAAAGUAGGAGAGUUUUGUAUGAACAGAAUUUAGAUACUCAGAUAUUUAAAAGAGAGGCUGAACAGCUUGAAAAUUGGGUUUUGUCGCGUGAACCAAUGUUGCAUGAUGAAAAAUUAGGCGAUUCUAUUCAUCAGGUCGAAGAAUUGAUCCGAAAACACGAAGAUUUCGAGAAAACCAUCGAAGCUCAAGAAGAAAAAUGCAACGCUUUGAAACGAAUCACUCUGCUUGAAAAAGCAUUCGUCAAACAAAAAGAAAUUGAAAAAGUUGCUCGAAUUGCUGAAAAAGAUCGUCUAGAAAAAGAAAAAUUAGAAGCUCGUAAACGAAGAGAAGUUCAACGUAUUACAGACGAGAGACGUCGUGAAGAUAGAAGAAGAGUCGAUCCUCGUUCACUGAAAGAAGACAUGAACGGCGAAGAUGAAUUUGACUCCGAUAUCAGUGGUGAAGAUUCGUCCAAACAUUCUUUAGUGUCGUUUCCAUCAUUUCGAUCCGUAGAUAGUGAAACGAUUAACCUAGAUGAUGUUGGUAGUGAGAGACUUAAUUCAUCAGCUUCUCCAGUUGCAUACCAUAAAGGUGGAGCUAUUUCUUCCUUAUUUGGAGACAGGAUAAGAAAAGAUAUCAAAAGAGCAGAAAGCAUGAAAGCCGAUUACAGCAAGAAACCCCGCCGAACGCCCAGCUUCACUACGCGAAGACGAACGCAAAGCUUCAGGAAAUUGCAAAAAUUAGAACAAUUAGAUCAGUUACCUCCUGUUGAAAUUCAAGGUCUACUCGACAGAAAACACGAACUACAAAGUGGUGGCAAAAAAGCCCCCGUCAGAUCUUGGAAAACUCUAUAUACAGUCCUGUGUGGGCAGCUAUUAUGUUUCUUCAAAGAUCAAGAUGAUUUCUUGAGCAGUAAAGCAGCCACACCUCCUAUCAGUAUUUAUAAAGCUCAAUGUAAAAAAGCUGAAGAUUAUACUAAACGAAAACAUGUGUUCAGAUUAUGCUGCGAAGACGGUUCAGAAUUCUUAUUCUUAGCCAACAGCGAAAAAGAAAUGGAAGACUGGGUUAAUAAAAUACAAUUCCACGCUCAGCUUCCUCCUAGUUUGCAGUUGCUUAGUUACGAUGAUACCCAAAAGGAAUUACAAUCUAACGCCGAAUCGUCUCCUGCUGUCGCUCACGAUACGUCGAGUUCAAGUCGCGAGUCGACUCCCGAAGUGCAGCGUCGUAAGAGCGGUCCAAACGUGAGUCGAAAUAGUAUCAACUCCAACGAUACGUACCAUAAUAAAACGGCCAUAACUGCUCCUCGAUCAGCUCCUCCUCCUGUGCCAGCUAGAACCUCGUCGGCUGAGUGUCUCCCGGUGACGUUGCGAAAUAAACAAAAUAAUGAUGUAAUGGAGCCGUCAGCCAGACCACAUUCUUAUCAAAUACAACAAUCCAGAGUGAUUCAAAAUGGUAAUUCGGAUUGGAGAAGGAGUAGUGAGAACACUUAUGAUCUAUCUCCAACUAAUCAUGAACCCCCACCUCUUCCAACGACAGCACCGCCGUUGAGAAAUGUACAUAAUGCCAAAGACGCCUGGCAAAAUGAUUAUAGGCACAAUUCAGCUUACAAUGUCGGUGUUAUCCCUUCGAAACAAGCAAUGAAUAAUUCAAAUAGCGGCAAUAAUCGCGCUUCUACGUUACCGCCAUAUAUCAGUCCUCCUGUAGGAGCAAAUAUUUAUCAAAACGUAGACCCUAUUCAAAGACCACCGAGCGAAAGUUCCAGCGAAAGCGAACAUCCAGCAUCGAUUACUCGUAAAGAUAAACGAUCUAGUGUUUUAACCAGUCUUUUUAGGAAAAAGAAGGCUACUCAUUUGUAAUAUACUCGAAAUUUGUGUCAUGUUUUCGUUUCCAUUUUAUUCGUUUAUAUUAAUUAUUAUUUUUUACUAUACAAAUGGCAAAUACGUCAGUUGUAUUUGUAAUGUGAAUUACGACUUAAGUUGCAGGUUAAUUUUUUCUUUAUUUUUUUUUCUUUUUUCUUUCUUUUUUUUAUAGUUACAUAUUUAUUUUUCCGUACGACCGUAUGUAUUAUUUGAUUGUUGUUAUUUAAACGUAUUGAAAAAUAAAACGUUUUGUAUA